UGUAGUUUCUCGUCGAGAUUAUUUCUGGCACUUCCGUGUCCGGUGAACCAUCUUCACAUUUGGAACAACUUGUCCACUGUACGACACAGACAGAAAGAUGGCUGGGAAACGUGCAGCAUUGAAAGCCAUUGACUGGUUGGCCUUUGCUGAGAGGGUUCCCCCCAACCAGAGGGCCAUGUUCAACAACCUCAAGACGCGCUCAGACGCCAUCGGCGCCAAGCUGGCCUCUCUGCCAGAGAAGCCUGUUACCAUCGACUGGAGCUUCUAUAAGACCAACGUGGCCAGAGCCGGCAUGGUAGCUGAGUUUGAAUCCAAGUUCUCAGCCCUGACCAUCCCUGAGCCCAAGGACACAGCCACAGCCGCCAUCAACACACAGGAGGCCGAGGCGAACAAAGCUGCUGUUGCCUACGUGGAGGCUUCCAAAGCUCGUAUUGGCCAGUAUGAGAAGGAGCUGGAGAAGUUCCAGAACAUGAUUCCCUUCGACCAGAUGACCAUCGAUGAUCUGAACGACACGUUCCCUGAGACCAAGCUGGACAAGGAGAAACACCCGUACUGGCCUCACAAGCCCAUCGCUGAGCUGUAAACUGGCCCCUUCCUAGAUAAUAUCAUACUUUCCUCUGAUGAAAGGUUGUAUAGUGUCCUCUGUAUAAAGUCAAGUCCUGUUUCAUCGACAGACAGUUUGUGAAAUAACUGCUUAUUGUUAUUGAGCGACUGAGAAAGGUCAUCUGGUCCUUUGAAUGGAAAUAAACAUUUAUGGAAAUUGAA